UUAAAGGGUUACCGAGCAACUCAGUGUACAAAGCCUGGACAUGUUAACCAACGUUAGCCAACUCUCCCAAAGUGUGAAGGAUUAAAAUAUAUAAUCUUCUAAAUAUACGAAGCUCAACGAAUGUAAGAGGAAAUUAAAAAGUAGUAAAAUGUCAACAGUUACUUCAGUAACAGGUGUCGUUAAGUACGGUCGAAGGAAAGGCUCGAGUAAACAAGCUGUGAACUCGGAGAUGGAGAAAACCGAGGCAAAUCUUCGUCAAGUGGUGGUUUUGUCCCAGUCUGAAUGGCAGCGGCUGCAGGACAGUGUUAACGGUAUAAAUCACCAUAACAGGAGUGUCAUGGCGGCGGCUGAACAGCGGGAGGCGCUGCACAUGCGCUCUAAAGACAUCGUCAAAAACUGGUCCAACACCAUUGCAGGACAGCGACAAAAAAAGCUUGAGGCAAAGAAAAUCCGCGAGGCGAUUGAAGAAGAGGAGAGGAAACUAGUUGACAUAGAAGAAGCAAAAUACCAGGCCCAAAUGCGGAAGGAGGCCAUUGAGAAAGCAAAAACCCAGAUGUACUACCAGACCGACAGAGUGAAAGGCUUCCAUGGUGCCCUGAUGCUGGCGGAGGUUUUGAAGGAAAGGGAGGCUCAGAUUGAGCUGAAACGCAUGAAGCAGAACGCCACCAAAGACAUAGACCGAGACAUGUUGGCUGAAAUGACUUCCAGAGAAGAGCAGGCUCUCCAGGAGGAACAGCAGAAAGCCUUACAGAAGAAACAAGAACAUCAGGCCAUUGUUAAGAGCUUGAAACAACAGAUUGUGGAUCAUGAACUUGAGAAAGAGCAGGAGAGGCAGGAGGUCAAACGCGAGGCUGAAGAAAUCGAGCGUCUCAGAAAUCUUCAUCUGUGGGAACAGGCCAUGAAGGAGCGCAAGAAACAGGAGGAGAAGAGAAGCAUAUUGAAGGCUCAUAGAGAUCAUUUAACCGACAGAGAGUUGAUCAAAGCAACAGAAGCGCAGAAACUGCAGGAAGAGCAGGAGAAAUGCAAGCAGCUCGCCAGUCAUAAAGAAAAAAUGAUGAAAAUGAGGAAAGAAAAACAAGAGGAGAUUUUCAGAGAGCUCCAGAGACACAGAGAGACGAUUAUCCAGAAGUUAGCAGUACAAAAGCAACAGCAGAUCAGCAAUGAGGAGGAGAUCAUCGCUAAAGCAGUGGCUGAACGUGAGGAGAAACUAUCCAGAGAACAGCAGGAGAAAGAAAAGAAACACGCAGACAUGCUCAACUCCAUCGCUGCACACAGAGAAUCUAUGAGGCAAGAGCAGGAAAGAAAGGCGGAGGAAGAGAAACAGAAAGCUCUGGAGAUGCUGAUCGCAAAGAAAGAAGCAGAUCAAAUCUUCAUGGAAAAACAGCUACGUCGAGCUCAAAAAGCAAGAGAAGAAGGAAAAACACUGCAGGAUCUCUACAUACAAGAGAUGGCUGAGAAACGUGCAAAACAUCAACGCACGAAGAAGGAUCAGCAGGAGUUUGUGGAGAAGAGCAACGCUUUCAUCAUUGAGGAGGAAAAACAGUUUCAGAAAUACGCCACACAGGUCAUGGAAACUGCCGAAAGGGCCGGCAGAAACACAUAUCCGCUCAUAAAGGCAGCCAGAGAGGGCAUUGGAGGGGGUCUGGGGCCCGUAUUCGGGGGACUAAGACCGAGUUAUCUGGUCCACGAUGAGUCAGGCGUUCAGAUGCCCACUUAUUUGAAUAGCAGAACGCAAUAUAUUAAAGAACUCAAUGAAACCUCUGACAUUCAGCAGUCCAAGAAAAGGCUAGGAUUCACCGGGUGAUGCUGUAUCGCAUCUGCCUGUUAUAAUGAUUCUGUCUUGGAAUUGCUGAAAUAAAGAUUGUGUGCAAAAGAAGUUAUAA